AUGUCGGAGGAAACAAUUAUGUCUAUGAUUGAUCAGGCAAUUAAAAUUGAACCACCACAAUAUUCACCAGAAGACAUUAAACUCGAAAUGGAGGAUGAUUUUGACAAUCCCGAUGUUAUUGUUAAAUCUGAAUCGUGUUCUGAAGAUAAUGAUACGUGUUUAGAAAGAUUUAUGAAUUCCGAGGUAACAAUCGAAGAAGAAGUCAAACAGGAGUUAGUCGAGACAUUAACUUAUGAAUGUGACGUUUGCAAUAGAUCAUUUGCAGAAUCAGAUCAUUUAAAAGAGCAUAUGGCCCAUCAUUUUUCCAAUAAUAGCAAAGAAAGUCAUUUCAAAUGUGAAAUCUGUUACAAAACUUUUGAUCGAUUAAGUGUUAAUAUAUGCAAGAAGACAUUCACGCAAACAGGUAGUCUGAAAAGACACAUGCUCAUUCACACUGGAGUACAACACGCCCAUGAAUGCAAUAUAUGCAAGAAGACAUUCACACAAACAGGUAGUCUGAAAAGACACAUGCUCAUUCACACUGGAGUACAUGCCCAUGAAUGCAAUAUAUGCAAAAAAACAUUUACAGAAAGAAGUAAUCUGAAAAAACACAUACUGAGACACAGUGGAGUACGUCCUCAUGAAUGCGAUAUAUGCAAUAAGACAUUCACAGAAUUAGGUAAUCUGAAAAGUCACAAGCUGAUACACAGUGGAGUAAAACUGCAUGAAUGCAAUAUAUGCAAAAAAACAUUCACGCAAUCAAGUAGUUUAAAAAAUCACAUGGUAGUGCAUAGUGGAGUACGUCCCCAUGAAUGCAGAAUAUGCAAUAAGGCAUUCGCACUAUUAGGUAAUCUGAAAAGUCACAUGCUGAUACAUAGUGGAGUACGUUCCUAUGAAUGCAAUGUAUGCAACAAGACAUACACGCAAUCAAAAGGUUUGAAAAGUCACAUGCUGAUGCACAAAGAAGUACGCUCUCAUGAAUGCAAUACAUGCAAUAAGAAAUUCAAACUAUUAAGUCAUUUGAAAAGGCACAAGCUGAUUCAUCAACGAGAGCAUCCUGAUAAAUGUGAAGUAUGUAAGAAGAAAUUUACUCAAUCAAAGGAUUUGAAGAGACACAUGGCACUUCAUAGUUUUAAGAGUGGUGGAGAUCAAUGA